UGGGUGUGGGAGGCGCCUGGGCCCGUAGAGUGGCCGGGGCUGCCUCCCGACUCCCACCUACCGGCAUCUCCAGCUCCAUCUUUUCGGAGAAGAGGCGGCGACCUCGGCCUCCAGCUCAUCAGGCGGAGCGAAGCGACGGUCGGGAUGGUGUUGCUGGGCUUGCUGCAGUCGGGCGGCUGGGUGCUGGGCCAGGCGGUGGAGCAGGUGACAGGAGGCAACCUGCUCUCCACGCUGCUCAUCGCCUGCGCCUUCACUCUCAGCCUGGUCUACCUGUUGAGGCUCGCAGUGGGCCACAUGGUCCAGCUUCCCGCCGGGGCGAAAAGUCCACCGUACAUUUUCUCUCCAAUUCCAUUCCUUGGCCAUGCAAUAGCAUUUGGGAAAAGUCCAAUUGAGUUCUUGGAAAAUGCAUAUGAGAAGUAUGGACCUGUCUUUAGCUUUACCAUGGUGGGCAAGACUUUUACUUACCUUUUGGGGAGUGAGGCUGCAGCACUGCUUUUCAAUAGUAAGAAUGAAGACCUGAAUGCAGAAGAUGUCUACAGUCGACUGACCACGCCCGUGUUUGGGAAGGGAGUUGCAUAUGAUGUGCCAAAUGCAGUUUUCUUGGAACAGAAGAAAAUAUUAAAAAGUGGCCUUAACAUAGUCCACUUCAAGCAGUAUGUUCCUAUAAUUGAAAAAGAAACAAAGGAAUACUUUCAAAGUUGGGGAGAAAGCGGAGAGAGAAAUGUGUUUGAAGCACUUUCCGAGCUCAUUAUUUUAACUGCUAGCCAUUGUUUACAUGGGAAGGAAAUUAGAAGUCAACUCAACGAGAAGGUGGCACAGCUGUAUGCAGAUCUGGACGGGGGUUUUAGCCACGCGGCCUGGCUGCUGCCCGGCUGGCUGCCUCUGCCUAGCUUCAGGCGCAGGGACAGAGCCCAUCGAGAGAUCAAGAAUAUUUUCUACAAGGCCAUCCAGAAACGCAGGCUGUCACAAGAAAAAGUUGAUGAUAUUCUCCAAACUUUACUAGAUUCUACAUACAAGGACGGGCGGCCUCUGACAGAUGAUGAGGUAGCAGGCAUGCUCAUCGGACUGCUGCUGGCAGGACAGCACACCUCCUCCACCACCAGUGCCUGGAUGGGCUUCUUUUUGGCCAGAGAUAAACCACUUCAAGAAAAAUGCUACUUAGAACAGAAAGCAGUGUGUGGCGAGGAUCUGCCGCCCUUGACUUAUGAGCAGUUGAAGGAUCUGAAUAUACUUGAUCGAUGCAUAAAAGAAACACUGAGACUGAGACCUCCAAUAAUGACCAUGAUGAGAAUGGCCAGGACUCCUCAGACUGUGGCAGGGUACACCAUUCCUCCAGGACAUCAGGUGUGUGUUUCUCCUACUGUCAAUCAAAGACUGAAGGACUCCUGGGUAGAGCGCCUGGACUUUAAUCCUGACCGCUACUUACAGGAUAACCCAGCGUCAGGAGAGAAGUUUGCCUACGUGCCAUUUGGAGCUGGGCGUCAUCGUUGUAUUGGAGAAAAUUUUGCCUAUGUUCAGAUUAAGACAAUUUGGUCCACUAUGCUCCGUUUAUAUGAAUUUGACCUCAUCAAUGGAUAUUUUCCCAGUGUGAAUUAUACAACAAUGAUCCACACCCCUGAAAACCCAGUAAUCCGUUACAAACGAAGAUCAAAAUGAAAAAAGGACCAAGGAAGCACCGUGGGCUCUUGACCGCAGGCUGCAGCUUGGGAGAGAAUGAAGCUUUUGAAACAGCUUUCAUAGUGUACUGUUUUUUGAGUGUGUAAUUCUGAAAGCCAGUUUAUGAUUUUAAUGUUUCAUUAACUCAGUGGUUUUAUCAAACCUAAUGGCAUUCGAAACAGUUACAGUAGUUUUGAUAGGACUUUAUGAAAGUCAAGUUUAUGUUAGACAUUGUCUGUUUAGGGGAGUCUCAGUUGGCAGAUGCUACAGAACACAUCGUCCAGGUAGUAACUUCAAAAGCACAUGUUGCCCUAGGGAGAGUGCUUUGGGACAUUCCAGUUGGGAACUAGUUUUGCAAGUUUAAAAGUCAAAUUCUGCAAAGGCCACAGGCUACUCAUGUCCUUGGGUAAGGACUAAGUCCGUUGGGAAGCUUUAGGUGAAAGGGAACACUAGAUGGGUGACAAUAUAACUUGGCAACUUGUAGCCCUGCUACAGGAGGAUGGCAGGGAUCCUGGACUAUACCUCGAUAACUUUAUUUCCUAAGAAUACUACUCAUUAAAGAGUGCAUAUGUAUGUUACUGGUUCCACUGGUCACAUUUUUUUGUGAAAAAUCCAAAGUCAAAUCCUUAUAGGACUUUGAUUUUAAUUUUGCUUAAGGUCUUUUGAAUCCUCCACAGAAAAUACAGUUAGAGAAGUUUCAAUUACCAGGCUUUUAAAAGUACAGGAUCUUGAGAUUAGUGAAUUAUAUGUUUAAGGUUGGCUGACCAGAAAUG